CCCACUACAGCCACAAGCGAGACAAAGACGCUCCCCCAAACCCUCGCUCGCCGGCAAACUCCGGUCGUCGCCCGAUCCCGCCGGCCGCCGCGCCCCUCGCCGGCGGCCACCACCCACCACUCUUGGCCUCGAGACGGGAGCCCAGCCCAAAGUCAGGCUGCGUCGGUCCCCCAAUCCCUACCCCCCUUCCUCCGAUUCAGCACCCACUCGCUCGCCCCCCAUCAAUCAAGGAGCAGGGGGCAGAGAUGGCGGCCAUGGGCGACGACCUGCGGCUGGACUUCGACAAGCUCCCCAUCAAGCGCCUCGAGGCCACCGACGAGGCCGGCAACGAGCACUACCCGCCGGACGGCAGCAGCGAGGCACAGCGGCUGGCGGCGAUCCGCCGCGUCGACUUCUCCUGGGUCGUCGAGCGGGACGCCAAGAAGGCCAAGAAGGCGGCGGCCGAGGACGCCGCCCACAAGGCCUGGCCAUGGCAGGGCCUCCACGAGAGCCUGCAGCUGGCGCAGCAGGAGCUCACCGUCGUCCUCGACCUGAUCUCCGCGGUCGAGGCGAACGAUACCGUGGCCGUGGCGGCGACCAUCUCCAAGCCCAAGCCGCUGCCGGACGAAGUCCUCGUCGACAUGGCCGUCUCCGCCGCCACCAAACUCCAGCGCCUUCGGCAUCUGGGACAGUACUUCAAGCAAUCGGCCAAAACGAUGGAGCAGCAGUUCCAGAAGGAGGCUAGGUUCUACGGCUCAUUGAUCAGGUUGCAGCAGAACUGGAAAGUUAAGAGGCAGCGUGGGAAUGCUCCAGGAAGCAACAGCUUCAUGUUUGAUGUAGUUGACACUUCUCAGUUGGACACGACAGCAAUGUCCCGAUUGUCAUCAUUGCCUUUGGUUCCAAUCGAUCAGGACUCGUCGGGUAUUUUGUCUGUACAUGUCCCACAAAAGUCGUGCCGUUUCUUGAGCGUUCAGUUUCUUGGGGACAGUGCCAGCGGCGCGGAAGGCUACGCUUCCAAAGCGAAAGGUAUCUCAAGCACCACUUCUUCUGCAGCGGAAGAUGAUGCCUCGGAGAAUGAUGAUGUCAAUAAGUCUGUCAAACAAGCGCAUUCCAUUUUCCGCAAUAUCCACAAGUCAAUAUUUGAGGAGCAGGUAUUUGAUAUGGUGAUCCGUGAGACAUUUGUCCAAACUCAAGGCAUCAACGUAACUGGAAUGCGUGAGGAUUUUCUCCAAUUAGCCAUUGGCCAGGAGAGUUUGUUGUGCCUUUCACUUGCGAUUUCUGGACAGGAUAGUGACUCAGAAAUGGUGGGCCAUGAAGAGCACACUAAUUCAGAGGCGAAUCUUGUGUUAGCCACCACCAAUGGGAAGCAGGAGCCUUUAAAAAGUGGCGCCUCAGGGUUUCUUAGCCCGAAAAGUCUGGAGAUUUACCUGCUACAUAUGUUCCAUGACAACAUUCUUAAGAAAGUCAGAGACAAAUAUCGUAAUAUUGUUCGCUACCAGAGUCCUGCUCACACUGCAGAGCCUGCAGGUGAUGAGUGUGGCUUGCUAGGCCAUUUCUGCAUGACAGUUGCUCAUAAAAUAUUUUCAAAUAAAGUGCAGCUGGAGCUGGAGAGUGUGGUUAGCAGGGUUCCGUAUCUCCAUCUGCAGUCCCUUCCUACAUGGCAUUCUCGAACUUCUUCCUGGUCUAUCUGCCUAAGAGUCCCGCAGCCUAUUUUGGCUGCUGACCGACUCACGAAGCCUUCGGACAAUGGUGAGCCUAAAUACAAAUCUUCCAGGACACAGUUCAACACGAAGAUUGUCUUGAAGGAUGGCCAGAUAAGUUUGUUGGGCGAAGGUUCUCCGAGCAUUGCUGGAUCGUUGACCAGGAAGCUCUCGGAUGGGUAUCUGAUAAACAGUUACAGCUGUGACUUGGAGGACCUCCCAACGAUGGUUCUGCAGCAGGUGGCGAGCCAGGUGAUAAGCUGGCUCCACGAGGAGGCGCAGGUCCUGGGGACGAGUGUGACGAGGGACUUUUUAGGUCUCUACUUUGACCUGGACCACGGCGACACGACGCUGGGCCUGGUGGCGCACGUCGACCCAGACGAUGCUUAUGGGUGCGUGUCGUGGUACCUGACGGUGGACCAACCGGCGGAGGAGGACAGGAAGGCGCUGGCGGCGGACGACCCCUGGGCGGAGGAGAAGUGCAGGUUCCUGGGGUACCUGUCCCUGGAGGUGCUCUACUCCACCCUCAUGGACCUCAUCAACCUGUGUGGCACCGGCGCCCACCCGCUGAGAUGAUGAUAGAAGUGUGCAGCAGCUCUGGAUUCGUUUCUUACUGUGCGCACUGACUGACUGAUGCUGGAUCUGGAGUUGUCAGAGGCAUAAGCCGUUGAAUUAAGGAAAGCACGUUGGACUAGUUGGUAGCAUCAGUGAGAAGGUUCCAAAAUUUAGACCUCUUUUUUGGCACCCUAAGGAUAGUUUGUGGGCAAAUCAAUCUGUUACAAGUUGGUACUUGCUCACUGGAGUUGAUCUUAGAUUCAGAAAACACAAGCUAGCACUGUAUUCUCAUACAAUCGAUGUACAUUUGCUUCAGGUCAGACAACAGAAAACAGUUGAAGUCACAUAAUGUAUAUGCCAUCUA